CUGUAUCCUUGAGGCAAGGGCGGCGCUUCGACUUACGAGGCGUGACCAAUGGGUUUCCAAAAGUUCGGGUCAAGAGGUGGUGGACGCGGUGGCUUCCGAGGCGGUAGGGGUGGUGGUCGUUUCGAUCAUUCCAGUUCUGGUCCUCCUGAUGAAGUUAUCGAGGUUGGUGUUUUCGCUCACCAAUGUCAAGAGGAUAUUGUAUGCAAAAUAACUGCUGAGAAAAUCCCUUAUUCCAAUGCCCCAGUGUAUUUGGAGAAUAAAGAAGAAAUUGGAAAAGUUGACGAAGUUUUUGGUCCGAUAAAAGAUGGAUAUUUUUCAAUCAAGUUAUCUGACACACUUAAAAGCAAGUCAUUCAAGGAAGGAGUGAAAUUUUUCAUGGACCCUGCAAAGUUCCUCACCCUUGACCGAGUCCUUAACCCGAAUCCCAGUAGAGGGCGAGGACGUGGUGGUCCAAGAGGCGAUUUCAGGGGAAGCCGUGGUAGAGGUGGUCGUGGUGAAUCUCGUGGAGGUCGUGCAAGUUUUCCCGGUCGGUGGAGUGACAGGGGUGGUCGUGGAAACCGUGGUGGGCCUCGAGGCGCGAGAGGAGAAUUUAAUGGUCAUCGUGGUGGCGAGCGCCAUUCGUUUGGUGGGGCGAAACGUGGUGCUAGCUUCAGCGCAUCAGAUACUCCUCAAAGUAAAAAAUUUAAGUCGCAAAACGAUUAAUUCUUGCGUUUGUACAUAACAACUAUACUGUAUAAUAAACUUUUAUAUUGCUUC